AAUAAUAAACUGAUGAUAUUACACCACCUCUCCCCGUCUCUGAUCUCUGUGACUGUUCCUGCAAACAAAUUUCGCGCAGAUUUGAUUAAACCCUUUCUUCGAAUCGGUAACCGAAGAGUUCCAAGAGGAACAACAAGAAGGGCACAAAUGCCGCAGAUGGUUCAAGGAUCUGAUCUCUCCGUCUCGCGGGAAAUCUGCCGGUCGGAUUUCCCCUCCGGCUUCACCUUUGGCGUCGCCACUUCCGCUUACCAGAUUGAAGGAGGCUGGAAUGAGGGAAAGAAAGGUCCAAGUAUAUGGGACGCGUUCACUCAUAUUGAAGGUCAAUGCUUUCUUCUGGGCACCAAUGGCGACGUAGCUGUAGAUCACUAUCACAGAUAAAAGGAAGACAUUGAGCUUUUAGCAAAAUUAGGAUUCAGCGCUUACAGAUUUUCCAUAUCAUGGUCCCGCAUUUUCCCUGAUGGCUUGGGAACUGAUGUCAAUGAAGAAGGAGUUGCUUUCUACAAUAAUAUUAUCGACACACUUCUGGAGAAAGGUAUUAAACCGUUUGCGACUCUGUACCACUGGGAUCUUCCCUUGCAUCUCCAGGAAUCAAUGGGAGGGUGGACAAAUAGGAAAAUUGUAGACUACUUUGGCCUGUAUGCAGAUGCAUGCUUUGCUAAUUUUGGUGAUAGAGUGAAGCAUUGGAUCACACUUAAUGAGCCUCUCCAGACCUCGAUUAAUGGGCACGAUGUCGGGAUAUUCGCUCCCGGAAGAAACACAAAUUCAUCAAUUGAACCAUAUUUGGUCUCACAUCAUCAGGUCCUAGCUCAUGCUACUGCUGUUUCAGUAUACAGAAGCAAAUACAAGGAAAAGCAAGGGGGUCAAAUUGGUUUGUCGGUUGAUUGUGAAUGGGCAGAGGCUAAUUCCGAUAAAAUGGAAGACAAGAUCGCCGCAGCUAGGCGCAUCGAUUUUCAGCUCGGAUGGUUCCUAGAUCCUUUGUACCGUGGAGAUUAUCCCGCGAGUAUGCGCCAGAAUGUCGGAGAUCGUCUUCCUACAUUCUCGCCGGAAGAAAAGGAGUUUAUGCUUCAAAACUCGUGGGACUUCAUCGGUCUUAAUCACUACACUUCAAGGUUAAUUGCUCAUCUCCCGAACAUACAAGCGGAAAGCGAGUUAUAUAAAGCACAAGAAACGCAGAGGAUGGUUGCAUGGGAGAGUGGAGAGCCGAUAGGCGAGAGGGCAGCCUCAGAUUGGCUUUACGUUGUUCCUUGGGGAAUCCGGAAGACUCUGAAUUACAUAAAGCAAACGUACAACAACCCUCCGAUAUUUAUUACUGAGAACGGUAUGGAUGACGAGGAUGACGGGGCCGCCCCUCUCCACGAGAUGCUCGACGACAAACGUAGAGUUGCAUAUUUCAAGAGUUACCUCGCAAAUGUCGCCCAGGCAGUCAAAGAUGGAGUAGAUGUGAGGGGAUAUUUCGCGUGGUCGUUGUUGGACAACUUCGAGUGGGCUCAAGGGUAUACCAAACGGUUCGGUUUGGUAUAUGUUGAUUACAAGAACGGUUUAACCCGGCAUCCGAAAUCUUCGGCCUAUUGGUUCAUGAAGUUUCUGAGAGGUGAUGAAGAGAGCAAGGGCAAAAAGGAUUGAACGAAAAUCAAGCUAAUAAUGGUUAGAUAAUAUUUAUACAUCUUGUUGAGCUUUAAGUUUGCUGUAUAACAACUUUUGAGGUAUCAUAAUGUUGUACCAAAUCUGAUGAUCGGUAGAUGUUCCAAAGACAGUUGGCAUUACCGUUCUUGUUUUUGGCGGCGGAGUUGCGUCCGGCGUUGAUAUGGAUCGGGUAUCCGAAUUUUUCGGUGUAUCCUUUUUCUUUCUC